UGUGUAAUCAUAUGGGCUCUGUUGAGGAGACGUGCCCCUCUCCGGGUAACUGCAACUGUGACUUGAACAGCGGUCAGUGUCAGUGUCUUCCUAACGUGGUGGGCCAGAACUGCGAUCAGUGCGCACCAGACACCUGGAAUAUGGCCAGCGGGAGAGGCUGCGAGGCCUGCGAUUGCGACCUCAACCAUUCCUUCAGCUCGUCCUGCAAUGAGAUUAUGGGCCAGUGCUCUUGUAAACCCGGGUUUGGCGGCAGAACCUGCCGAGAGUGUAGAGAGCUGUUCUGGGGAAACCCUGAG